AUGCUCAGCCUCACAAGCCUCACCCGCGGCCUCACCAUCGGCCUGAGCGCCCACGCGAGUCCUCGACCGCCGUGCCGUGCGCCCGCCACGAUGGCGCUCGACGGCAGCGGUGCUGCCGUCACGAUUCGAGAUCUGGAUGUGUGGGCGGGCAGCAGCAGCCUCAUCCGUGGCGUGACCUGGCGCGUGAUGCCCAACGAGCGGUGGUCGCUCCUCGGCCCAAACGGAUGUGGCAAGUCAACGCUUCUCCGAGCCAUCGCAGAGGCUGCAGACCUGGCUGGCGACGCAGCCACCGAGAUCGCAGUGAACCCGCGGCUGCGCUUUGGGCUGCUCGAGCAGACUGCGGUGUCCGGCUCGGAGCGGAGCGUGCGCGAGGAGGUCAUGUCGCGGAUGGAAGGGUUCCAAGCGGCCAAGGCAGCGCUCGAGGCGGCCGAGGUGGCGUGUGUCUCGGGCGCGGCGAGAGAGCUGGAGACGCUCGAGCGCGCGAUGGGCGAGUUUGAGGCGGCGGGCGGCUACACGGUGGAGGGUCGAGUGGCGCGGGUGCUCAAGGGGCUCGGCUUCACGGAGGAGGAGUUCGAGCGUCCCUGCUCCUCCUUCUCUGGCGGCUGGCAGAUGAGGAUCGGCCUCGCGCGGCUGCUGCUCUCCGAGCCGGAGCUGCUGGUGAUGGACGAGCCGACAAACCACCUCGAUGCGGCGGCGCGCCGCUGGCUGGCCGACUACGUGAGCGAGUACGAGGGCACCGUCCUCGUCGUGUCUCACGACGCCGCCUUUGUCGACGUGGCAUGCGACUCGAUCGCCGACGUCGAGGGCGGCAGGCUGACGACCUACCCAAAGACGUCGCUCGGCAAGGCCGUGGUCAACAAGUGGGAGAAUGUCGACCGCUCCAAGGUGGCGGCCGGGGCGAGGCAGGCUCUCUCCAAGCUGGCGACCGAGCAGGCGGCCGCCGAGGCGGAGGUGCUCUCGACGCGGAAGCGGCCCAGGCUGCAGCUCGCCGAGCCGCCACGCUGCGGAGAGCUGCCGCUCGCGCUGCGCGGCGCCAACGUCGCGCCCGCCGUCGGCCAGGCCGCCAUCGUGCUCGGUGCGUUGCCCCUCGCGGCGGGGGAGCGGCGAGAGGACGAGCGGCUUGCCCUUGGCAUCUUUGCGCAGGACUUGGCGCAGGAGCUGCCGCAGGGCGCUGUCGCGCUGGAGUAUGUCGCCUCCGCCGUCCGGCAAGGCGGCGGCUCGGCCGUGACGGACGAGCGCUGCCGCGGGACUCUGGGCGCUCUUGGGAUCAGCGGUGACAAGGCCUUGCGCCGCAUCGGCUCGCUGUCAGGCGGCGAGAAGGCGCGCGUCGCGCUCGCAACCUUCUGCCUGACGCCGUGCAACGUCUUACUCUUCGACGAGCCGACCAACCACCUCGACCAGGGCGCGAUCCUCGCCCUCCUCGCCGCGCUCGAGGCGUACGAGGGCGCCCUCGUCGUCGUCUCGCACGACCGCGCCUUUUGCGAGGCGCUGCGCGCGACGCACGUCGGCUAUGUCUCCGGCGGGUCGUGCCGCGUCGAGGAGCGGCCGCUGUGCGACUCCGACUUCAGCGAGGCCGACCGCGGAGUGCGCAACUCGCUCGGCGGCGGGGACGACGACGACUCCAACGCUGAGCUGAGCGCCGCCGAGGCCAAGGCGGCUCGCGAGCUGGAGCGGCAGCGGCAGAAGCGGCUCUCGGCGGCGCCCAAGAAGAUCGCCACCAUCGAGAGCAAGGUGGACGCCCUCGAGGCGGAGCUGCAGGAGAUCGACGGCGCGAUGCUACAGGCCGGCGCCGACGUGGCGAAGCUGGCCGAGCUGGGCGCGGCGAGGGAGGGCGUGCAGCAGAGGGUGGACGGGCUGUACGCCGAGUGGGAGGAGCUCGAGGAGCUGCUCGCAGCGAGCCAGCCCGUGGGCAGCGGCGGGUAGCGCCGUGACCCGUGUGCGGCGGGACUGGACAAUAUAGUCUGUGAAAAGGUGGCCCGACACUAGGGUCUGAGUCGCUUCCCCGGGGCUUUAUACGUAGCACUUCCUCACAUCG